GGCCGGCUCGGCGCCCGAGGCGAUGGAGACGGACGACGACGACGCGGCUGCCGGCGGCGGCGGCGAGGAGGCGGCGGCGGAGGGCGCGCGGGCGGAGGUUGGCGCGGUUGCCGGCAUCGCGCCGAUGCGGCUCCGUGUGCGUUUCUCGCUCGGGCUGCCGGACGGGACAGCGCCGCCCGAGGGGGCGCCGGUGGAGGCGUUUGGCGAGGGCACGACGCUGCUGCACUGCCUGCAGCGGCUGCGCGAGACGUCGCCGCUGCGGGCGCAGCUGACGCCGCGCGAGCUCGGCUACCACCCCGGCGUGACGUGCGACCGGACGGGCAUGUCGCCCAUCCUCGGCGACCGGUACAAGCUGGACGGCGAGAACUACGACGUGUGCGAGGCCGAGUACCUCAAGAUGGACGCAGCCGAGCGCGCAACCUACACUCGCAUCGCGCCGCCCUGCUUCCGCAAGCCGCGCGGCAGCGGCCCGCCCGUCUGGCACCUCUGGUACAAGGUGGAAGUCCCCCGCACCGCCGCCGCCAGCUCCUCGCCCGGACCCUCCGCUUCGCACCCGCUGCCCGCCGCCUCGGCCGCCGCCUCGGACGACUCCGCCGCCGCCGCCGCCGCCUCGCCGCCGCUGCCGUGGAGCGCCUCCGACGCUGAGGCGGGCAUCCUCGCCGGCCAGCUGAGCGCGGACGCCGUGCUGCGAGAAUUGCGCAGGGCGUCCGCCUCCGCGCCCGCGCGCGAGGCGGCGCUCUCGCCGCCGACGCUCGCGCUGCUCCGCGCGCCCGAGCGCGUCGCCCCGGCGGCGGCGGCCGUGAUGGAGGCUUUCCGGGAAGUGUCGGGUGCGCGCCGCGCCGCCCGGCAGGUCGCCUCGCCGCUGCCCUCGGCCGCCUCGCUCUCGGCGCUCGCGUCGGACCUGUCCCGCUGCGGCGCGACGGAUGGCGCCUUCACCGACGCCCUCCUCGCCCUCUGCCUGCUUGCGCAGCGCUUGCUUCCCUCCGCGCCCGACCACACGCCGCCCGCCGCCGCCGCCGGCGCGUCCCCUGCCGCCGCUCCCGCCGCCGCCGCCGCCGCCGCUUCCUCCUCCGCCGCCAGCGCCGGCGCAUCGUCCGCCCCCGGCGCGCCGCCCGCCUUCGCCCGCUCGUCGAGCAGCAUGGGCGGCGCGUGCGACGGCGAGGGGGCUCCCAGCUCGGCCGACACGCUGCGGCGGCAGCUCGUCUCCCCGCGACUCUCCUCCAAGCUGCAGCAGCAGCUGGGCGACGCGCUCGCCGUGACGGCGGGCGCUCUGCCCGGAUGGUGCGAGGUGCUGCUGCGGCGCUGCCCCGACCUCUUUUCGCCCGGCUCGCGCGCGCGCUACUUCCACGCAACCUCCUUUGGCGUCUCGCGCGCGCUGCACUGGUCGCAGGAGCAGGGCGUCGCCGCGGUGCGCGCCGCGUACGCCGAGGAGCUCGCCGCGCUCGACCGCGCGAGGCUCGAGGCGGAGGUGUCGUCUGACGCGCAGGCGCUCGCCGAGGUGGUGGAGCAGGUGGCCGAGGUGGAGGACCGGAUCGGACGCGAUCGGAUGGGCGCGCUGCGCUCCGACAUCGCGCGCGUCAGCCGCGACGCGCUGCUGCCGAGCGCGGAGCGGCUGAUGGGCUUGCACGCGGGCUGCGCGUCGGCGCUCGAGGUGCAGUUUGAGGGCGAGAGCGGCUUCGGCUCGGGCGUGACGCAAAACUUCUACUCGGCGGUGGCCAACGAGCUGCUCAAGGCGAAGCACCAGGCCGAGCUGCCGCUCUGGCUCGCCGAGCACGCGGGCAUCGACCCCGAGGGCUUCAUCUCGCACCCCGGCUCCCUCUUCCCGCGCCCGCUCCCGCCAGAGGCUCCGCCGGCGGUGCGCGAGGCGGUUCGCGGCCGCUUCCGCUUCCUCGGCCGGCUCGCCGCGAAGGCGUGCCGCGACGACUUCAUCGUCCCGCUGCCCCUGUCGCUCGACUUUCUCCACCUCGUGCGCGGCGGCAGCCUCACCUACGAUGCGCUGCCCCCCGCCGGCGCCACGGGCGGCGUCGCGUCCGCCUACGCCGCCGUCGCGUGCGAGCUCGCCGCCGCCGACGCCGCCGCGGGCUACGACGACCCCGCGGCGCGGCGCAGCGCGGCGGCGGCGGCGGCAGCGGCGGAGUUUGCGGUGGCGCGCAUGGGGCUGGGCGCCCCGAUGUCGCUGGCAGACUGGCUCGCCGCGACGGGGGCCACGUUUGCGUGCCCGCUCACUGGCGCGCCGCUCUGCGCCGGCGGCGAGGAGAUUGAGGUGACGGCCGAGAGCUUGCGCGAGUUUGUGCACCUACUUGCCCAGCUGUGGCUCGCCGACGGCGUCGCCGAGCAGGCGGCCGCCUUUCGCGCGGGCUUCGACGAGGUGUUUCCGCUCAGCCGGCGCGCGCUCGCGCCCUUCACGCUGGCCGAGCUGCGCGCGACGCUCUGCGGCACCGGAUCGAUCGAGUGGACCGAGGCGGAGCUGUCGCGGCACAUCCUGCCGGCGGGCGGGUAUACGAAGCACUCCAAGGUGUACCAGCUCCUCAUCGACGAGCUGCAGGCGAUGGCGCACGCCGAGCGGCGCGCCUUCCUCAACUUCGUCACCGCCUGCCCGCACUUGCCGCCGGUCGGCCUCGCCUCGCUCGAGAUCGAGGUGCUGCCGCAGCACAACGGCGCAAAGCUGCCGACGGCGCAGACGUGCGGCAACAAGCUCUACUUGCCCGAGUACACGGACGCCGCCUCCCUGAGAGAGGGUCUCGGGGAGGCGUUCGCGAACGCCGAGUUUGGAGGCUUGCACGAGCGCGCCUAACACGUCGACGCCCCUCUCGCCGGGACGGUCGCUGGUGAGAGGGGCGAGGGCUGGGACGGGCGGGUCGUCUCGCGCAGCGUCAUGCCCAUGGACGUGCACACCACGGUGUCUCAUCACCUAUCAGAGAAGGGGGAAGAGGAAGGGGGUGAGGUCUCUUGCGGGCUCUUGUGUGUGCGCAAUCUUUAGAGGGGCCGCCCCUGUGUGUGCGCGCGACCCUCCACAUGCUGAGAGAGGGUAUUGCAUUCUAUAGCUGGUACAACAUCUCCGAUCCAC